CUGCCUUUGAAACAAAUAAGCAGCAGGUUUCAGGUUACCGUCGGAGAACCUGGCACAAGGACGACUGGCCAUGCUACGGGAAAAAGGGCGUCGGCAGGCGGUACGUGGCCCCGCAUUCAUGUUCAAUGACCGUGGUGCCAGCCUGACGACGGAGGAAGAGCGCUUCCUGGAUGCGGCAGAGUAUGGAAACAUCCCUGUGGUGCGCAAGAUGCUGGAGGAAUCGACCACACUCAAUGUGAACUGCGUGGACUACAUGGGCCAGAAUGCAUUGCAGCUGGCUGUGGGCAACGAGCACCUGGAGGUAACGGAGCUGCUCCUGAAGAAGGACAACCUGGCCCGCAUUGGCGACGCCCUCCUGUUGGGCAUCAGCAAAGGGUACGUGCGCAUCGUGGAGGCAAUCCUCAACCACCCGUCCUUUGCCGCUAGUGAGUGCCUGACCCAGUGGCCCUGCCAACUGCAGGAUGAUGACUUCUACUCCUACGACGAAGACGGAACACGCUUCUCGCCCGACAUCACGCCCAUCAUCCUGGCCGCCCACUGCCAGAAGUACGAGGUGGUGCACAUGCUGCUGACCAAGGGAGCGCGCAUCGAGCGGCCACACGACUACUUCUGCAAGUGCUCCGACUGCAAUGAGAAACAGCGUGAGGACUCCUUCAGCCAUUCCCGCUCACGCAUGAACGCCUACCGCGGCCUGGCCAGCCCCGCAUACCUCUCCCUGUCUAGCGAGGACCCCGUUUUUACUGCUCUGGAGCUCAGUAACGAACUGGCUAAGCUGGCCAACAUUGAGAAGGAGUUCAAGAAUGAUUAUCGCAAGCUGUCUAUGCAGUGCAAAGACUUUGUGGUGGGCGUGCUGGACCUGUGCCGGGACACGGAGGAGGUGGAGGCCAUUUUGAACGGCGACAUCAGCAAGGAGCUGGAGGAGGGGCAAUGCCACCGCACCCUUCUCAGUCGUGUUAAACUGGCCAUUAAGUACGAGGUUAAGAAGUUUGUCGCCCAUCCAAACUGCCAGCAGCAGCUCCUGACGAUCUGGUAUGAGAAUCUGUCAGGGUUGAGGGAACAGUCUGUAGCAGUGAAGUGCCUGGUGGUCCUGGUGGUGGCCCUUGGGCUUCCCCUGCUGGCCGUUGGGUAUUGGUUUGCUCCCUGCAGCAGGCCAGGGAAGAUCCUGCGGAGCCCCUUCAUGAAGUUUGUAGCCCACGCUGCCUCCUUCAUCAUCUUCCUCUGCCUCCUGGUCUUCAAUGCCUCAGACCGCUUUGAGGGGAUCAGCACCCUGCCAAACGUGACCGUCACAGACUACCCCACCCAGAUCUUCCGGGUCAAGACCACCCGCUUCAGCUGGACUGAGAUGCUCAUCAUGGUGUGGGUCGCAGGGAUGAUGUGGUCGGAGUGUAAGGAGCUUUGGACAGAGGGCCCCAGGGAGUACAUCCUGCAGCUCUGGAAUGUUCUGGACUUCAGCAUGCUAUCCAUAUUCAUUGCCGCCUUCACCGCCCGCUUCCUGGCCUUCCUCCAAGCCACCAAAGCCCAGAGAUAUGUGGAUGAGAAGAUCCACACUAGCGACCUCUCCUUGGUGUCUCUACCCCCUGACAUUGUAUACUUCACCUACGCGAGGGACAAAUGGCUGCCAUCAGACCCCCAGCUGAUCUCGGAGGGUCUGUACGCGAUCGCCGUGGUACUGAGCUUUUCACGUAUUGCCUACAUCCUGCCGGCCAAUGAGAGUUUUGGUCCCCUGCAGAUCUCUCUGGGUCGGACCGUCAAGGACAUCUUCAAAUUCAUGGUGCUCUUCAUCAUGGUGUUCCUCGCCUUCAUGAUUGGCAUGUUCAUACUGUAUUCAUACUACCUGGGUGCGAAGGUCAACCCCGCCUUCACCACAGUUGAGGAGAGCUUCAAGACACUGUUCUGGUCCAUAUUCGGACUGUCUGAGGUGUCAUCAGUGGUGCUGAAAUAUGACCACAAGUUUAUAGAGAACAUUGGGUACGUGCUCUAUGGGAUUUAUAACGUCACCAUGGUGGUGGUGCUGCUAAAUAUGCUCAUCGCCAUGAUCAACAGCUCAUACCAGGAGAUCGAGGAUGACGCAGACGUGGAGUGGAAGUUUGCGCGCUCCAAGCUGUGGCUGUCCUACUUCGACACCGGCAAGACACUCCCUCCCCCCUUCAGCAUCAUCCCCAGUCCCAAAUCAUUCUUCCAGUGCCUCUGGAGGGUCUGCUCCCUGCUCCACUGUAAGCAUGGCCCACUGAAGAGGGAUGUGGAGCUGGGCAUGGACAGCUCCAAAUCCAGGCUGAACCAUUUCACCCAGUCCAACCUGCGGAAAGUAGAGUCCCACAGCUUCACAAGUAUACUGAACCAGCCCACUCGAUAUCAGCAAAUAAUGAAACGACUAAUCAAACGCUACGUGUUGAAAGCACAAGUUGACAAGGAAAAUGACGAAGUCAAUGAAGGGGAGCUGAAAGAGAUCAAACAGGACAUCUCCAGCCUUCGCUAUGAGCUCCUGGAGGAGAAGUCCCAGGCCACAGAGGAGUUGUCUCACUUGAUACAGAAACUCAGCGAUAACCUCAACAUCAACAUGACACACUGUGCUUGAUACUGGGACCAUGAGGGCGUAGAUCCACCCUGCAGUUCACUCUUCAAAACGCCUGCACUUCAGCAGGGAGACCUCCAGCAUCCCUCUUUACUAAGAAAGCUAUUUGUUGGUUUACUUGUGUCUGUGGUAUUGUUUAGGCAUAUCCAAGCUUUAGGAAUCCAGCUGUAGUUUUACCUGUAAAUCAUAAGCGAGGAAAAUACAAAGCAAUUGAAUAGUAGGUUUUUUUCACUGACAUAAUUUUUAGUGGUAAAAUCAUGUGUUUAGGUGUGUUGCAUAUCCAAUCCAAAAACCAAACGUAAUCAGUCUAUUUGCAAAAUAAUCAAA